AAGUUUUGAAGUUGAGAACUAAGCAAUGUAAUCAGCAAUCACCAUCUCCCAAGCAUACAUCCCCUCCCUUGUCGUCUCCUGUGCGUUUUUUGGGCCCCUUCCACUAAAUACUCACACACAGCACCAGCCAUAGUUUCAUACAUAAAACAACCAUCUUCAUCAUCGUCAUCAUCUUCUUCUUCAGUAAAUAUCCUUUCAUUUCAAGUUUCUCUGAUCGAUUUCGCCAAUUUUAUUGAUCUGCUCAAAUUCCCAGAUAGCAUCAACGAAUCGUUUCCUGCUUACAAAGCCAAUUUAGCCGAAAUUGUGAGAAGAUGCUGGGAGGACUCCUCACAACCACUCUUGUGUUAAUUCUUGGAUACGCAUAUCCAGCUUUUGAGUGCUUUAAAACCAUUGAACGACGUGGUUCAGAUAACGCAGAAUUAAGAUUUUGGUGUAAAUAUUGGGUCCUAAUCGCAAUACUUACAGUUUUUGAAAGAUUCGCGGAUAUAUUCGUUUCAUGGGUACCAAUGUAUUAUGAAAUGAAGCUAGGGCUUAUUAUCUACUUAUGGUAUCCUAAAACCAAGGGAACAGGGUAUGUAUAUGAAACCUUGUUGAGGCCAUUUUUAUCGCGACAUGAGACCGAUAUAGAAAGACAUUUAAAUGAAAUGAGAGCGAGAGCAUAUGAUGUGGCGAUUCACUAUUGGAACAAUUCUUCGGAGUUGGGACACGCUAAACUUUUAGAGAUUUUACAGUAUAUAGCUUCGCAACCUACAAGACCAAGAUCCGAGGGACCGCGAAAUUAUGAAAACUUUGGUGACAGAAGUCCUCCGCCGCCACCUUCUCCUCCGGUUGCUCCAACCACAACUCCUCAGCCUGAUCAGGCUGAGGAGAGAGUGAUACCGACUGCUCCACCGAUGCCGAACAUUAGUCGUCGCCACCCUUCAAACCCAGGGGAGUUGGAGACCCCUGGAUCUCCAAGUGGACCCCCUUUGAAUCCCGAGGCAAAAGUUGAAUAAAAAAAAAUUAUCGUGGCAGAUUUGUGAAGAAAGAGGUUGAAAAGGUGGAGAUACGAAUAGAACUAUACAAGGAUUGCGGGGCCACGCUGUGGAAAUACAAAUUACAAAGGUUACUCGUGUACCAUAUCACAUUUUAUUUUCUGAUUAUUUUGUUUUCUGUAAUCAACUAAAUAAGUGAUGAAAGUUUGUUUUUUCUUUUUCUUUUUUAAAUUGUUUUGUUUGAAAUUAUAAUGUGUGAAUAUAAAAAUAUGUUUUCUUAA